AUGGCCACAAAAUUACGUUUUCUUGACUCCAUGCCGUGUCACAAUCAGCAAGUAAAUUCUGCCUCUACCUCAACCCUCGAGCCACGGCACCCUGGCGACGCGACCCCGGAUCAUCCUGGGAGCAACAGCACCUCCAAGGCGAAGCUGGCUGAUUUUACAGGCCAUAGCUUGUCCACUGUACCAGCCGAGCAGGACCACCAGGCCUAUAGUGGCGUCAGCCCCAACACAGAAAGCAACAGUGGCAGCGGAGGUAGUCGCAACUAUGACGUAGCAGCCAGCGACACCCUCCUUGGAAACUGCGAACACUCUUUGCAGAUGGGGGCACAGCUUAAAUUGCUGCCUAUGAAUGAUCAGAUCCGGGAACUGCAAACCAUCAUACGGGACAAGACGGCCAGCAGAGGGGACUUCGUGUUUUCUGCAGAUCGUUUGAUCAGACUUGUUGUAGAAGAGGGACUGAAUCAACUGCCAUAUAAAGAAUGCAUGGUGACCACUCCAACAGGGUACAAGUAUGAAGGAGUGAAAUUUGAGAAAGGAAACUGCGGGGUCAGCAUAAUGAGAAGUGGUGAGGCAAUGGAACAAGGUUUACGAGACUGCUGUAGAUCCAUAAGAAUUGGAAAGAUCCUGAUUCAGAGUGAUGAGGAGACCCAAAAAGCUAAAGUAUAUUAUGCCAAGUUCCCCCCAGACAUUUACCGGAGAAAAGUCCUUCUGAUGUAUCCAAUUCUCAGCACUGGAAAUACUGUAAUUGAAGCUGUAAAGGUUCUUUUAGAACAUGGAGUUCAACCCAGUGUUAUCAUCGUACUCAGUCUGUUUUCAACUCCUCAUGGUGCCAAAUCUAUCAUUCAGGAGUUUCCAGAGAUCACAAUUUUAACUACUGAAGUUCAUCCUGUUGCACCUACACAUUUUGGACAAAAAUAUUUUGGAACAGACUAAGUUACUGAAGGAAAAAUUAAUCAUCUGGUAUAAUAUUAAACUUAUGAUUUGAGUUUCUACUUGUUUUACAAAUUCACUGAUGAGUGACAAAAUUGUGUACUUACAUUUUCAUUUUGGGGUUGGUU